AUGUUGUCGGACAGUGAAGACGAGUUUUUGUUUGAAAACAGUGUAUUGAAAAUGUUACAAUUAUCAGGCACAACUAGGAAUUAUGCUGUACAUCCGGUGAAUAAGGAACGACACAGAUUGGGUGAAUACCACCACUUAUUUCCCCAACUGAAGAAAUAUCCAGACCGUUUUUUUCAAUACAUUCGAAUGGAUUACACUACUUUUAAAUACAUUCUGAAUCUCUUAAGUCCUCAUAUGGCAACAAAAUACACUAAUUUCGUUCAACAACCAAUAGAACCUGCAGAAAAGCUAGUGAUAACAUUAAGGUACUUUGCAACAGGAGCUUCAUUCAGAAGCAUGUCAUUUGCCUUUAGAGUUGGGGCGUCAACAGUCAGCAAGAUUGUAAGAGAAACAGCUUGUAUAAUGUGGGAUGUAUUGCAGCCUAUACACAUGCCUACUCCAACAAAAGAAACCUUCGUCCAGGCAAGCUCUGAGUUUCAAGAGUUAUGGAACUUUCCCAAUUGA